UAUUGAUCAGCGAGAACGUCUACGUGAUGGUCAAGGCGUGAGGUGUCAGACGUCCUGAAAGAAAACUCCAAUUUCAAAGUAAAGGUUCCCUGUGCUGAAGGAGUGAUUAUUUAAACUUCACAAGAACAUAAAUCAGGAACACUCACAAAAAAACCAUCAUGGUCGAUAGCGUAAUAAACAUAUGGGGACUGGUGGCUAUCAUUGUAUUUUACAUCGUCAUCUUCAUCAUCGGAAUAGUUGCUGGAAGAAAAGCUAAGAGUUUUGGAAAAGACGCAAAUUCGACAGAGCUGAUUCUAGCUGGGAGAAACAUAGGACCAUUCGUUGGGAUUUUUACGUUGACUGCAACUUGGGUGGGUGGAAGCUUCAUCAAUGGCACUGCAGAAUACACUGCCAUCUCUCUUGCCAUCGGCGGGCUGGUGUUUGCUGGACCCAUGCGAUCCACAGGAUACAUGACAAUGCUGGAUCCAUUCCAACAGAAAUACGGUCCAGUCAUGACGGCUCUGCUCUACAUUCCUGCCCUGCUGGGGGACCUGUUCUGGGCGGCGGCCAUAUUGGCGGCUCUUGGUAAGACGGUUUCCGUUGUGAUCGGCUUGGAAAAUACCAUCUCUAUCAUCGUGUCAGCCAUCAUUGCAGUCGUUUAUACAAUAAUCGGGGGACUAUAUUCUGUGGCGUAUACAGACGUAGCACAGCUGAUAAUGAUUCUGAUUGGACUGUUCCUGGCUUUUCCAUUUGCUAUGCACCACCCUGCCGUUUCGCCUUUGGAAAUGACGUCAUCGAGCUGGCUAGGGUCUCUUACCAAGAACGAUGCUGGGUUGUACUUAGAUUCAGGACUACAAUUAAUAUUUGGGGGAAUACCUUGGCAGGUGUACUUCCAAAGGGUGCUGUCUGCAAAGACAGUAAGUCAGGCAAAGUGGUUAUCUGUUGUAGCUGGCUUUUUCUGUCUGGUGUGUGCUGUCCCUGCCGUAAUGGUUGGAGCCAUUGGAGCCUCAACAAAUUGGACGGAAACUGCUUACAGCGAUGUGUACAAUCAGACUACAGUCCCUUCAGAAGAAUACAAGAACAUCUUGCCGCUUGUCUUGCAAUACCUAACGCCCCCUGCCGUCUCCUUCAUCGGCCUUGGCGCUGUCUCCGCCGCUGUGAUGUCAUCUACUGACUCCGCCAUUUUGUCCAUGAGUUCACUUUUUUCCCACAAUGUGUACAGACCACUGCGGAAGUUCCUGUGCCGUGGAAAGAAGGCUUCGGAGCGGGAGGUUGUUUGGUUCAUGCGUGGAGCAGUGGUAGUGCUUGGGGCCGUUGCCACUGUAAUGGCGAUCUACAUCACUUCAAUAUAUGCCCUGUGGUUCUUGUGUUCUGACUUUGUGUACGUCAUCCUUUUUCCCCAACUUGUAUGUGUGAUAUUCCUCAAGCAGGCCAAUAUGUAUGGAGCUUUAACUGGGUAUAUUAUCGGCUGGAUCCUUCGUCUUGGUGGUGGGGAAGCGACAUUUAGUCUCGCUGCGUUUAUUCUUUACCCGUGGUACGACUUUGACAACAACACGCAAAGAUUUCCCUUCAAAACGUUCAGCAUGCUUGUCAGUUUAAGCUCUAUCGUCGUAGUGUCGCUAAUAUUCCACGUGCUUUUUGCGCGAGAAAUUUUGUCUAGUAAGUAUGACGUAUUUGGCUCCUGCAUACCAAAACUGGAGGAAGAAGAGGAGGAAGUUGGAGAGAAAAUGGACGAACUGAAAAAGACUGGGGUUUCUAAUUUGGGUUACAAUACCGAAGAACAAGAGAAAGAGGAAAACGAUGCUAAAUUAUAA